GUCUAGAAUCCAGACCAAAGUCGGAGCAUAAAUAGUGCAAUCGGCACCACUGUGCAAUCUCCAAGUCCUUGUCUGUAUCGCUUAGCACUCCAUCAACGUACUUAGAACUGAUGCAUCAGGCUCUACUUGUUUCCGAAGUCCUCCUGGACAUAUUCGCACAAGUAAAUCAAAUACCAUCUACUGGGAAAAAACCAUUGUCUUGGACGUCUCUUGCAUCGCUUGCAGUGACAUGCAAAGCCUUCUACGAACCCGCGAUGGAUUUACUGUGGGCUAAAGUAGAUCGAUUGCAACCAUUGCUGGGUUGUGUGAGCAGGCUACAUCCACUGAUAUAUCAUCGCAGCCGUGCGCCGGUGAGUGCAGACUAGUCCCGACUAACCCCGCUCUCUUCUUUUUUUUCGAUCAUUAGUUGACCGAG